AUGUCUUACGCUGCAGCCACCCCGCCCGUGUCCCUCAAUUUCGAGGCAGACGACCAUGAUGAAGGCGACUUGGCAAUGGAACUACACACAAAGCAAGGGAAGCCUUUGGCAUCGCCCACACUGGACUGGGGCAGGGAGACGGAGGCGCCCCACCUCCUCGACGGCGACAUGAUCCUCGGUGAGCCGGCUGCCCUGGAUUGUUGCAAUCUGACGACCACGAAGACGCCGCCGUUGACUCGUCAAGCCUCAAACCACUCAGGCACGACGGUUGCCGAGAGCUUCCCGAGAGCGGCGGUGCCUCAAAGCAAGGCAAUGCGUGGCGACAGGGAGAGCGAGACGAGCACUCCCUUCAUCCUCUGGCUUACAGUCGGGUCAUUCAUCGUGGUGGUCUCGCUGCUGCCUUUUUGUGGCAUCUACUGCAUCGCUCAUGUGUGCAAGAACCUUUCACGGCCUCCCAUAUACGGCAUUGCUGGUGGGACAGACCGACGCAGCAGGUGGGAGGGCGACGCAGCCGCUGCUGCCGAUCGAAACGCUGACGUGAUAUCGAUCAAGCCUUGA